CGAGCAAACACUCCGGACUGAACAGAACCCGUGACGUAGACUGUCAGCAUUCUACUGUGCGGGCAAUCAAUAAACUCUUUCUGCAAAGUAACAACAAACCCAUAUAUCCAGGAUUUUUGAGAAUAUUAAAUACAGUUAUGGACUCCACAACGACGAUAGGGGGGUUCAUCAGGACCCUCACUGAGAUGGGCUUCAGUGAAGAUCAGAUACAGGCGGCGAUACAGGCCGGUUUCUUCUCUGUCCCAGAAGCGGCUGAAUGGCUUUUGCAGGGUGGGAGUCCACGGCAUAAACUAGUCAAGCAGCCUUCAGGUCCAUUAGAGACAGCGUUUUCUGCAUUCAACCCUCCUAAAGAUGCCCUCUGCACUAACAAUAACUCACAGUCUGAAGCAACAGGUCCUUCAUUGCUCUUGGCAUCUCCUUCUGUGAAUGCUCCCACGGCAAAAGAGCAUCCACCCCUGGAAACACGGAUCAAGCAGGAUAAGAGUCAUUUCAACGAGCAGCAGAGGCAGCGAGUGGCUCAAGAGGCGCGGGCAGAAAGGAGACAGAAGAAGCAGGAGCGUGAGUUGGUGCUGAAGAGGAUCGCAGAGGACCGGCGCAGUCAGCAGGAGAAGGCCCAAAGUGAAGCCACGGUCGAGACCUCUGCAUCCAGUGGACAGGGCCAGAGACUGGGAGGACAUGUGGAGACCAGCGUGGAUAACCACUGCAUCCUCAUGAUUCGCCUUCCCUCUGGAGAAUCAAUGCGCGAGCGUUUUCCUGCAGACACUCCCUUAAGUCACGUCGUCCAAUAUAUUGCCGGCCGCCAUCCAUCACUACCCGCUUUCUCCCUCCUGCAAGGGUUUCCUCGAAAGCGCUUUGGAGAAGCGGAGCUAACCUGCUCCCUCCGGUCUCUAGGACUGACUCCCAAUGCUGCGCUUUGCAUACAGACCACGCCCCCCGAGACGCCUCAGGACCCGCCCAGUCCAGCAUCCCGAUUGGCCGUUCUAGAGCAGGCGGAGGCGGAGCCACGGGAAGAGCCAGUGGUACCUCCAAAUGAGCAACCCCAGGUGGAGGCCGGGGCUUUAGAGGAACUUGAGGUGCCUCCACCUCUGCCCCCUCAGCUGUGGGAGGAAGCAGUGGGGUAUGCUGGGAUUCCUGGGGUCGGACCUCCGCUGUCAGGACCCUCUCAUUACUGGGGACGAGGCCAUAAACUGGUGCAAGGAGAUGCAGGAAAUGAAGAACAUUUGGAAAACGAGGAGCAACCAGAAGAAGUUGUACCUCCAUUUCAUCUCAACGGACUGCCACAGUUGCCCUUCUUCCUGGAGAACAGGGCAAGAGCGGGACAUUACUGGCCGGAGCAGGGCAACAGACUCAGGGAGGCGGAGCCUGAUGAGCCAGCAGACCCUGAGGAGAUCCGUGUAUUGCGUGGAGCUGCAGGUCAAGCUGCGGUCGAGCGCUUACAGCGAGCCGCCCAUCACGAUGAGCAGCAGUCACCACACGGGCAUCCCUCUCCCCCCAAGAAAGCCUUCAAGACCCCCCGUGUGCCCUCUCUCUGCUCGAUGGCCACCAGGGCCACCGUUUCCCUCAUGACAGCUCCCAGCAUGCAGUACAGCAGUAGCCUGGCGUGUUUGACCCCGGAGCUGGCCGAACUCUUGUUGGCUCAUAUGGCACGUGAACGUCUCCUCCGCCCGCGAACCCUGGAGCUGUUCUUCGGCUGCCCGCUACAGAAGUUUGUCCUAAACUGCUAUCCAUACACCACCAACGAGCUGCUGCGGCAACUGAGGGCUUUUUCCUGCCUCAAACAUCUCAGCUUCAUCAACUCUCCACUCAUCACAGACGCUGGUCUUUCAGUUUUGUCCAACCUCUCAAAACUGCAGCAUCUCAACCUGUCGUCUUGUAGCAAACUAACAGACAGCUGUUUGCAGCAUAUCACAGGACUGCGCAGUCUGAGCUUCCUGGCUCUGGACCAGACCAAAGUAAGCGAUGCUGGUCUGCUGAUGUAUCUGCAGUCGGGUUCUUCUGCGCUGUGUCAGCUCAGCCUCAAUCAGACGGCCAUCACAGAGAGCACACUGAGAGUGCUGCCCACAUGUGCACCACAGCUACGAAUGCUCAGUAUUAAACACACCAAGGUGAGUGAUGUGUCUGCACUCGCAGAACUCCGAAACCUGCAGACCCUUCACCUGGAUGGCACAGGUGUACGAGAAAAUACUCUCCAGUGCCUAGCAGCCCACCCCAGCCUAUCAGCUCUCAGCCUGGCCGGCAUACCAGUCGCAGACGGAAACCACACGCUGGAGAUCAUUUCAGGCCUAAGGCUCACCCAUCUCACGCUGCCAGGCAGACACUCUGUGACGGACACUGGACUUACAUUUCUCUCCAGACAGACUUUGCUCUCAGAGCUCGACCUGACGGACUACACUCAGCUCACUGACCACGGCAUUACACAGCUUGCCAGCAUGAGCAGGUUGAAGAAGCUGUCUCUUAGCAACACUCAGGUGAGUGACAGCGGGCUGCAGGGACUGAUCAGUCUAAAAGAGCUCCAGGAACUGUGUCUCGACCGGACAGCCGUCACCAGCAGAGGAGUCGCAGCCUUGAUCACACACUUACCACAUCUGCAGGUGAUGGGUUUGGCCAGUACACAGGUGGGUGAUACGGUGAUCAGACGAGGUCUAGUUCACUGUCCUCAGCUGCUGAAACUCAACCUCAGCCGAACCAGAAUCACAGAUCAGGGUCUGAAGUUCCUGUGUCGUAUGCAGCUGAGUCAAGUGAACCUGGAUGGCACAGGCGUAACUCUUGUUGGCAUUGCUAACCUGAUCUCCGCCUGCCAUCAUCUGACCAGCGUACGGGCCAGCCAUACUCGCACCAUUCCUCCAGACCAACAGUCUGAUGACGAUGACGGUGAUAACGGCAACAACGCCACACGCUCCUAGAUGUUUCUGUGUAUUCUUCAAACACGGCCAUGGAACAAUUCACCUGUUUCUCAAAGAGGGCUGAUUAUUCAGAGCUUCCUUUUUCCAUAAGUAGCGCUACAAUCUCACUUGGGUUCGACAAUCAAGUUGAAAUACAUUUUUGAAUGUGGUUAAACAUCUAAUACAGCAUACAGCAAAAAAAAAAAAAAAAAGAGUCGUAAUUUAUUAAUAAUGAUGCCCAAAUAUUGCUAAUCAACAAUUUGCGUGACAGAGGUAGUAGUAUUUGAGGCAUUUACAUUGCGUAUUGAGGAUUUGUGCACGAACAUGAUAUUUUUAUUUUUAAAAUGAAUGAGGAAUAGGUGUUAAUGAAUGACACGUGGAUAUAUUUUGGAUAAAUGCAUCUGAAUGAUUGAUUGAUUGAAGUGGAAAGUCAUUUUGGACUGGAAGUUGGCGUUUCGUUUAAUAACGUGCCAAAGUCAGUGUUGUUUUACUGAUUCUAGCAGAUGUUUUACACCUACAUGUGUAUUCAUUUUGGAUGCAAGUUUGUUAGUAUAUCUUUUAAUUUGAGGAUUUAUUAGUCUAAUGGCACAUGCAUCUGUCAAUUAAACUUACACAUUUUUUUAUAAGAUACAGAAAAGUUAUGAAUCGUGAAAUUCCCAAAAACUGAACAGCAUCAUUCAAGCACAUUGGCAUUUGACUGUUUCUGUAUGCAUUAGUGUUGUACCUUAAAGCGUUUGAAUGCAAUAACAUUUCAAAUACAAAAACAUCUCAAUCAUAUCUGGAAAAAAAAGGUCUAUGUAUUAAAAAAAGAAAAAGUCAAGUUCUAAAUUCUAAACAUACCUUGAAUGCACGAUGCUGUUCUGUCUUGAUCUGAUGCAAAGGUUGCUCUAAUGCAUCCAGUUGUCUGGUCUGAAUAAAAAUGAGAUGCACAUUCAGAACUCAGGAGCUAGUCAGUGGUGCAUCAUGCACACGGUAGCAUCUUUUUCACGUUUAUUUAAAAUGCCAUGCAUUUUCAAUGUGUGUGUUUUUACUACCCCCAAAAUAGGUAUUUCACUUUUAACCCAAUGAAUGCUGUUUGAUGUGGUAGAAACCAUUAGUUCUGUGACAUUAGUGCAAGUUACUGAAAAUAUACACAACAAUUCAUUAAAGAAGUCUACUAACAAAAAUUGAGUGUGAAUGUAUGGCACAGCUCGUAUUAGAUGUUGUAAAGUCAUUCUGUCUGCUCCACAUAUGUACAGUUUAUUUUGCCGGUAACUAGGAUGGUCUAAAACUAUUUUAUACUUUAGGUUUACAACGUUAAUAAAAGCUACAUUUUGCAAUGGUUA